AUUAGUGCACACAACAAUCUUUUUGAGCGAUUUGGAAGGGCGCUGAUCCAACCAAGGGGGAAUGUUCGCGGAAGACUGGUCUUCUGUCAUUAUGGUCCGGCCUAGACAUUCCUUGCAAGUUCGCACAGGACGCAAAAUUUCCGCACUUCUUCCCUCGAUUGACAAGUCCACCUUUCUUCCUGUGCUCGGCUAUAAAUACAGAGCAUCCAUUCAUCCAGACUAAACCUAAAGAAGAGAAAGGAAGGAGAGAAAGUCAUUGAUUUUGAGUAUUGCAGUGCAUAUCCAAUUUCUAAAGCUUGUCAUGGCUUCUGUGUUUGCAAGGUUUGGAGGACCAGAAACUAUCAGGAGGGCAAGUUAUGCUGCUUACAACAAUGCUAAUGGAUAUGUUUCGCAAGAUUUUGGAAAUAACACAGUUUGCGUAGCCUUUUCGGGUUCUCUAGAUCCCAGUGCCAUUGGGCGAGUAGACAAUAAAUUUGGAGUUUGCAAGAUCAAUGAGAAUAAUGAUUGUUUUGAGUCCAUGGUGGAUGGGACUACAAGAAAAGAGCCCCGGGAGCGAGCCACUGUCUACAGCGAGGCUCUCACCAAAUUUUUAGGUCUUUGGAACGACAUCAAAGCCCAGGUUGGAGAGGCACUUCGAACAGGAAAAACUGUUGUGUUUACAGGCCAUUCCAUUGGAGGCGGGAUUGCUACUUUGGCCACACUUGCUAGUUUGGAGAAAUGUGGUAAGGGCGCCUCUGUUUUCGCCAUCACAUUUGGUUUUCCCCUGAUUGGAGAUGAAAUUCUCGCCAGAGCAGUUCGUAGGCAGGGGUGGGCCAAUCAUUUCUAUAAUGUUGUUUCAAAGAAUGAUGUUUUUGCCAGAACUCUGCUGGCUCCUUGCAUAUCCGUGUCAGGUUUUGUGGAAGCCCUGCUGCCUUACUGGCAGAGGUCUGUUGAGCAGAUGAAUAAUAAUGAUGCAGACAUUCUCAUGGAGCCUGCAGACUUGGACUUUAACAAGUAUUUAGUUACUGUCCUGCAUCAUGCUUGUGCAGUGGUUAACUUGAUCACUGUUAACAAUAUGGAGCCUGGAAACAAACUGAUAUCAAGUCUGAAGCCUGCAGUGAAGUUAAGCCCUUACAGGCCAUUUGGGUACUAUUUGUUCUGCUCAAAGGAGGGAGGUCUUUUUGUUGAAAACAAUGAGGCUGUGCUGCCCAUCCUAUUUUACUCCUUGGCUAGUGCUCAAGGUGAGGCUUCAAUCUCAGACCACACUGGGUAUGAUAAAGUCUUCAAUGCCCACACAAACGUCGUCAAUUUGGAAGGGCUUCAAAAUCUUCCGUUAUCACAAGGUGCACCACAAUCUUCUGCCAUGGAAAUCCAGCUGAAUGCUCUUGGAAUCGGCAUUCAGAACACAAGAGCUAGACUUGCACUGAGAGCUGCAGGAGAGGCGGAACAUAAGCUGAUAGACAACCGCAACAAACUAAAGGAUGAACUGGCAAAGUUGUUAGAAGGACAUAUGACAAAAGUGAAAGAGUAUAGAACCAGAUGUUUGAACAAGCACGUUGGAUACUAUGACGCUUUCAGGGAACAAAAGGAGAAAGAAGAUUUUCAUGCCAACCUUAACAGGCUUAACCUUGCUGCCUUUUAUGACAAGUUAGAAGAUAUGGUGGAGACCCACCAGGUGCCCGAUGACUUCCAAUUCAUUGAAGAAUUGAUAAAAGAUGGAACAGAAUAUAGGCUUUAUGUGGAGCCUCUGGACAUCGCAAAUUACUACAGGUUGGGCAAGCAUGAGGAUUCGGGGCAUUAUAUUAGAAAUGCAAGGCCUCGUCGUUAUAAAGCUCUUGAAAAGUGGUUGGCAGACAUAAAACCCGAAGAAAAGAAGGUAGGCGUGCUUGAUAGUAUCCCAGGUAUAACAAAGGACUCCUUAUUCUGGGCUCAUGUUGAAGAAGUUUCAUGGAUAAUGAGUAAUCCAAGGGAAAAUCUGGAGGUUAAGAGGACCAGGUGCAACGAUUUACAGAACAUUGUGAGGCAGCUGUUGGAGAAAAAAGAGUUAUGUAAGGAGGAGGUUGUGAUGGGAGAAUCCAGUUUUGUGAAAUGGUGGAAGAAGCUCAGUCCACAAGACCAACAAAUCUCCCCGAUAGCCUCUAUUUUUCAAGGCUGAAACUGGUGCUCGUAUUAUCAGAUCUUGAAUUGCUCCUCUUAAGAAAUUAAGAGAUACCGUAGUUGAAGUGGAGCAAUUGCCGUUAAGACUUGAACGUUGUUAAACUUUGUUUGUGUUUCAGUUAAGACUCUUAUAUUUUACUGCUGUAGGGUUUCUCUUUCGAAUGUAGAUAGCUUUUAUUUUACUCUCUUAGCUUUUAUUUUACUCUCUUUUGUAAUGAAGCACAGUAAUGUUUUUUCUGGUUAUUCGAAUGGUUAUUCGAAUAUUAAUGUAAAUUCCCUCUAUGUACUUUCGAUGGCUGCAAAAAAUGAAAUUGUCUGACCUUUGCAUUGUAAAGUUUACUGUAUUAUAUCUGGUGACGUUAUCUAAUAUAUUGUAGCAUAUGUUGUUUA